CCACCGCCACCGCCGCCACCGCCGCCGUCGCGCCGGACGCCGCCGCCGGCCACUUCCCCGCCAACGUCUCGUUCGUGCACGCCAACUUCGUGCUGGAGUCGGACGCGCUGCUGGAGACGGUGCGGCCCGAGUUCGACACCAUCCUCUGUCUGAGCAUUACCAAGUGGGUGCACCUGAACUUCGGCGACGCCGGCAUGCGACGCUUCUUCCGGCGGGCGUUCCUGAGCCUGCGGCCGGGCGGCCGACUGCUGCUCGAGCCGCAGCCCUGGGCCAGCUACGUCAAGAAGAAGAAGCUGACACCGCGUAUCUGGACGACGUUCCAGCAGAUCCAGCUACUGCCCGAGCGGUUCCCGCAGCUACUGGUGGACGAGAUUGGCUUCCUGCCGUGCCAGCUGCUCGGGCGACCACAGCACGCCGCCAACGGCUUUAACCGCCAGCUGCAGCUGUUUACCAAGCCCGGCGGAGUUACCACAGUGGCUGCUCACCAGCGCAAGGCCGCCGCCUCGCCAGCCGACCCAGCAGUCCCAGACGGUAGUCCCAGGAGCUCCCAGACGGCGGAUCACGCGCAGCCAGCGGCGAGCACGUCAGAAAACCCGCCGGCGAGCGGCUCUCAGACACGUGCGGCUCUCUGAUUGGCUGCCUGAACUGACCCGAACACGGGUCACCAGCCGCGCGGCGUCGGAGAUCGCGCGCCGGGGUGCGUGGCGCUGGCCACAGCGGGGCCGGCCUCUGUGAACUCUCAGGGCCGCCGUGGAUUCGGAGCCGGCUGUGACAUCGCGACAUGCCUCGUGGGGUGGAGGCGCGUGUGAAGCCGAGCAGGACGGGUUAGAAACGAGACGUUGGAACAGCGCAGGGUGGCGACGGUGACGAAAAGUGGCACCUCAAGUGAUGUUGAUGCGGUGGGCUACGGCCUUUGUGCUGAGUGCGGCGCGUGCGUGUUGUGCCAGAAGCCAGCCUAUCAUUGGUUCGAAGACGCUUAGUUCUGUGCUCCCGGGGGGCAUCUGUGAUGAAGAUCGUCUCAGCUCCUCGCCGUGAUAAUUUCGUAAAUAAAC